AUGAGAAAAGAACAAAUCGAUGGAAUAAAGGAAACUAUGGAAAGAAAAAAGAGGCAGGGUUGGGGGAAAAGAAAGAAUGUUGGUAAUGAUAAUUAUGGUUAUUUGUGGUAUGAUUUUAAUAGUAAUUACGAUUAUGUGUAUGUAACUCAAAAAGCAACUUCGGUUAUUCCUUCUUCAUCUUUAUCAAUAAACACCGAUAACAAUCAUGUUCAUCAUAUUCAUCAUGAUGAAGACCUUCAACUUUUACCACCCUUACAAAAUUUCAUACAACGUCUAGUAACAAGAUCAAGCGUUUCAACUGCUACCUUUUUAACCACUAUAAUUUAUCUGGAUCGUUUAAAAAAGAAAUUGCCUAAACUCGCUAGAGGCAUGCAUUGCACUCGUCAUCGAGUAUUUUUAGCUAUUUUAAUAGUCGCAUCAAAAUAUUUAAAUGAUUCAUCUCCAAGAAAUAAAUAUUGGGCAAGGUUCUCAAGUGUCUAUUCCGUCAAUAAAGUUAAUUUAAUGGAGAGACAAUUGCUUACUUUGUUAGACUAUGAUCUUAGAGUAACAGAGGCUGAGUUAUUAUUACACUUGAGUCCAUUCUUGAAAUCGCCUUCUCUCUCAACAUCAUAUAAUAAUAACAGUUCCGAUCAAUUUGGCAGAAGACUUUCCUCAACUUCUACAUGUUCAUCAUCCUCCACCUCUUCCAUAACAACUCCUACAUCUGUUCCAACAGCGUUUCAAAAUAAUAAGGACGCUUCACGGGAUAUUCAUAUUCAUACACCAAAUAUACUAAAAAAACCAAAAAUUGUAUCAAAAGACCCUGUGAAAUGGUACAAGAACACACGAGAAAUCUUACUUGCUGUUAAAUCCAAUUUUCUUUUAAUAUUCUUACCUCCUGCUAUCAUAUUGAAAAGAUUUGAUGUAAAUGACUUUAUAGUGCUUAUCUUUAAUUUCUUGGCUAUCAUUCCAUUAUCAAAAAUUAUGACAACCGGCAUUGAUGAUCUUUCAGCCAGAUUUCAUCCUUCAUAUGGUGCAAUUCUUCAUGCGUUUGCCGGAAAUUUUGUCGAAUUGGUGAUUUCAUGCUAUGCAUUAUUGGAUAGACAAUAUUCAAUUGUUCGUUCUUCUCUACUUGGUGCAAUUUUAUGUAACAUAUUAUUGGUUCUUGGUGUUGUAUUUUUGGCAGGAUCUUGGCCAAGAAAAAAGUCCAAGAGAGAGUCUAUGAAUGCUCAUUUAAGCACACAACUUUUUGUAUCCACCAGUGCAUCUACCUUGGCUCUUGCUGUUCUUGCACUUGUCACUCCUGCCGCAUUCAAAAUUGCUGCUCCUGUGGGCACGGGCAUUGAAUGUGAUUUACAGAAUAUUAGUCAUGCUAUUGCUAUCAUUUUAUUAUUUGUUUAUGCUGCUCUUCUAAUAUUUCAAUUGAAAACUCACGUUACAUCUACCAUUUCUAUGGAUGAAGUUCACUACAGAGAACCAAAAUAUUUCCUUCUCUUUGACAUUUUCUUAAUUGUCGCCUCUAUAACUGGUAUUGUUGUAUGUGCAAGAUACCUAGUGACAAGUAUUGAACACACGGCUCAUAGUUUUCGACUUGGAAAUGGAUUUAUCGGAAUGGUUCUUUUACCUUUGUGUGAAGCCUCUGAAGAUAAAAUUGAUACUGCCGUCGGUUUAAUUCUUAAUACAUCUCAAAUCGCUCUUUUGGUUACUCCUGUUCUUGUGCUUUUUGGUUGGAUUACAUCAAGACCUUUGACAUUGGAUUUUAAUACUCUUGAAAUUUGUGUACUUGCGUGCGCUGUUCUGAUUGUCAAUUAUUUAGUAGCUGAUGGUAAAGCAAAUUGGUUAGAAGGAUACAUGUUGAUUGUUUCCUAUGUGAUCAUUGCUGUUGCUUUCUUUUAUUUCCCAAAUGUACCAGAACUCAAAGAAGCUGUUAUAUUGAAAUGUAAUCCAUUCAGCAGAAAUUUACCUCCAGAUGAUUUUGGUUUAAGAUCAAAAACGCAACAAUCACAAAAGGCUGGUUGUAAGAAUAAUCGGAAAAAAGUUUUAAAUAAUGAAAAAAUUCCAAAGAGACCUCUCAACGCAUUUUUUAUAUUUGUUAAUGAGAAAAGACCCGAAUAUGUAGAAAAAUAUCCUAAUUAUACUGCAAUCAAACGUGCUUCUAUUAUUAGAAAAUUAUGGAGUUCCAUGUCCAAAAAAGAAAAAGAGAAUCAUGAUAAUGUUAAAAAUCAAACGAGUAACGUUGGUGAUUUUAAUAUCUCAAUGCCUAAUAAUAAUAACGACAACAAUAGCAACAAUCGUAAUGCUUGUGAAACUUAUUGUUUCCAACAAAUGUCAUUUCCACAACAACAACGUCACGAUAAUCAAUUUUAUUCUCAUGAUAAUAAUAACGUAACUGUAAAAAUGGAAUCGGUAGAUAAUUUUGAACCAAUUGCAACAUAUGAUAUUACAAACAAUGAAUCAUCCACAAAAACCACAAAAAUGGCAAAAUACUUUACAGCCAUGGCAAAAUAUCCCACAAAGAAAUCUUUUUCUUCCUAA